GGGAGCGGCAUCAAACCCCGCACGGGGAAGACUAGAACUGCAUUGCGGUAAUAUGGAAUGGGUCCUUCAUUAUACAUGUUCCAUUUCCGCACCUCCUUGUCCUUAAUCUCCUGGAAUAGCAGCCUAAGAUUUGCUACUACUCAGCUCAUUGCGGAGCCAGAUUUUUCUCUAUGAGCUCAUAUUCUCGUACGCCAGACAAUGUCCUUUAUGAGAGCCAGGCGUCAAAACCAUUCAUGCGACCAGUGCAGGAGAAGCAAGAAAGCCUGCGACGGCUACUUGGUCAAUAAUCGAGAAAGGCCGGGAUUUUCUCUAGAUCCCCAGGAUGAAGUUCUCCCAUGUUCUUACUGCGUUAAGACAAAGAAGCGAUGCAGUUUGAACUUACAUUGGACAUCUCAAGGUGAAGGAUCCCCCCCAUCUGGGAUGGGUGGCUUCUCAGACGAAAUUGGGAGAAUCGAUAACCGAGACGAUUGUAUAUCCACAAAUUCAGGGGGCACAUCGGGUUUGCUACCAACGCCCUCGCCAAAUCAUUGGGGCUUAAACUGGGACACCUCCCUUCCUAGAUUGGGGGAGGCUGUAUCAGAAGAUAUCUCACCACAUCUUGAUGCUGGUUCCAGUCAAGAAAUAGACUUACGCACCGGAGCAGAUAACUUCACACUGGGGAGUGGAACUGCGCUCAUAAAUCUUCCUCAAUCAGCCGAAGAUUACAGUUCCACUCAUCUGGACUUGGAUUCAUAUUCACAAGGCACAGAUUUUGAUCAUCUCACAACCAUCUCAGCAAUAUCUCACUCACACUCAAUGCCCCUUAACUCCGGUUAUUCGAUGCAAUCCGCACAUCGUAGGAGAGAGAUGCUAAGAAAGAACUACAGGACGCGUCGACGCAGCGGUAGUCAGCCUGAAAACCUUUCAACUUCAACUUCCCCCAAUGGUCUUACCCAAAGAGUGAUGAUAAAUUGUAACAACCAUUUGAUCACAGAAAACCUGCUUCAAAUAUAUCAUGACGUGCUCGAGAAUAACCUCGAAUGUUGGCUAUCUGAGGAUGUAUGUCCGUACAAGAUGAAAUCGAGAAGGACUGAACUGCAUCCAAAUCCUGGCAGAGAUGCGUCAACUACACCCGAACUAGGCGCAAUGGGACUAAAUUCAAUAUAUCAUCGCGUUAAACACCUUGAUCGAAUCGCUCAAUCGACAGGAUUAAUCCAACUCACCUACGCCGAAAACCAGGCUACUUCGAAAGCCCUAAAUUUAGUUAUAAUGGCAUUUGCUACUCAGUGGUCCCAGAGCCGUCGGCGAAGAGAGGAUAUAUUUUCAGCCUCUCUAAACCCUAUCGACCCAGCUGAGUCCGAAGACAUGCCCGAUGACUCUGCAGAUGAAUUCGAGGAAAGCCUUCAACACUCGCUUUGGGAACAAGCAAAGCAGGCACUUCUAGGUGUCGCGAAUCUGGAAUCGUACAGGGUCGUCUAUGCUGAAUUGAUAUUCGGUCUUAUUCAAAGACCAUGGACAACCACCAACUACUCUGGAACCAGCCUUCCAGGACCCCCGAGUAGCACCUUUACCGACAUGAAACUGUCGUUGCCACAAAUCAUGGAAAUCAUAUCCCAAGAUGGACCUCCAGUAUUCACAGAGAGAGCAAGUCGGAAAAUGCAGGUCCUGAAAUGCCACUUUGAAUCAAAUGAAGCAGGAGUCCUUAGAUACAACAAUGGGUUUCCCUCACAACAACAGAACCACGCUGUUUCAAAGGUUACUCUCGAAGAAAGAACUACAAUCGGCCAGUUAUAUUGGCUUGCAGUCAUGUUCGACACCGUCUCUUCGUCAAUGAAUGAGCGGCCUGUUGUUGUAGCAGACGAGGACUGCCAACAUGAAGCUACGUAUUGCUCAUCUAAUACAGUCGAUCGACCAGUCAAUUAUCGUUGGGAUCUUGAAUUGUUCGCCGGGGACAACACUAGAAACCCCUCAACACUAAUUUGGCCAUGUCCAUAUGAUUCGGCCAUUCAGGCUGUUGCCAGAUCAGCCGCUGUCAAAGUGUUACUUUUCAGAUAUGUCUCAUAUCUCCAGAAAGCCUUAAGGAAGCGAGAAAAAAGUUCCGAGAUCGAGGAAAUAAUCAUGGCCGCGAUGCAGAUAUACAAAUACUGGAACCUAUCACAUGGGGCCUUUUUCCGAUCUUUGAUUAAGAACUAUGACUCUAUUCCAGUGCGAAUCAAGAGCUGGUUCCCAUGCAUCCAUAUCCCUUGGCACUUGGGAGCACUGAUGCUUGCUGAACUAAUUGAGUUCGUCGAUCAAAAUGGGCUCGGAAUUGAAGAAAACAGCCUGAACCGUCUCAGUAUUAACAUGACAGUGAGAAUUAAAAAGUCAAGUGCCCUGGAAUUAUCUGAUCUUGCAAGAGUUACUACGCCUCGGGAAAUCGGUAACAUGCCCGCAGAACAACUACCGGGUUUCCAUUUUGCUGUCAGCGAGGGCUCUAUAUUGACAGAGCCUUGGACUGUGUUGCUUGUCAGAGCAUUCACCAAGGCAUCUAUAUAUCAUCUGAGCGCGGCGGAGAACCUACGGAGACAGGAGUGGGAUAUCCUAGGCCAAGAAAGUGAGGAAUACCGGGAGACCUUGACUCGGGCCAAUACCUGCAUAAAGGCGCUCUGGUUUUUAGGUAGGAAAUCAGAGAUGGCAAGGCGUCUUAGCAAGGUGCUAGGUAGAGUACUAAGGAGCCAAGGAGAAGAGUGUCAGAAUAGGCGAGCUAGUUGAUUGGAGGUUCAUAUUAGAAUAGAGGACAUAUGUCAGAAUAGGCGAGCCAGUUGAUUGCAGGUGCAGAAGUGUAUAUAUUGUUAUUAAGCAAAUUCUGCUCUACCCCUAAAGCGUAUACUAAUAAUUUUAUAAGGUAGAUUUCCGGAAUUAAAGGUAUUUUAACU